GACGCCAAGCUAUUUCAUUUUGACGCUAAUCGUCGACGUAAACACAUGUUCUAAAAAUAUAAGAAUAUACUUAAUUUAUUAUUUAUAUAUUUUAAUAAUUUAUUUUAAUACUAAGUGACCAAAAAAAAAAAAUUUAUAUUAAUUUAUUUUAAAAAAAAUAUUUUUUCCUUUUUGGAUUUAUAUAAAUUUGUGAAUUGUUAUAAGAAAAUAAUGUCACGGAAGCAAAAUGGAGCUACUAUUCCGUUACACCAGGGUUACACUAGGACCCAACUACGACCUUGCGAACCUAAAAAAACAGAUUCAGCACGAGAAUUAUCAGAACUCGUCAUGGUCAAAUAUAAAUCAGAGAAAAAUGAAGUGCCAGUUACACUUGCAAAUGGAUCCACUGUCCCACUUGUAUCAAUGUUGAAUGUUGUCGAUGGGGAAAAUAAUGAUUAUGAUCCAUUUGCGAAUAGAUCUGUUCCACAUCCAACAUCAGACUUGGACACUUUGAUUCAUUUACUUAAAGGAAGUUUAGGCAGUGGUAUAUUAGCUAUGCCACUUGCUUUCAAAAACGCUGGAUUGGCUUUUGGAUUAAUUGCAACAUGCUUGAUUGGAUUAAUAUGUACAUAUUGUGUACAUAUUUUGGUAAAAUGUUCCCAUAAAUUAUGCAAGCGAACUCAAGUACCAUCGUUGGGAUUUGCUGAAGUUGCAGAAACAGCAUUUUUAGCUGGACCAGAAUCUCUUCAUAAAUAUUCAAGAUUAGCAAAAUUCAUGAUAAAUGCUUUCCUUGUAAUUGAUCUGUUAGGAUGUUGUUGUGUAUAUAUUGUUUUUGUCUCGACAAAUUUAAGAGAAUUUCUGGGUCCAUAUUUGGAUGGUCCCAAUUUUGAUCUUAGGUUAUACAUGCUUGCACUUUUACCAUUAUUAAUUCCAUGCAAUUUGAUCAGAAAUUUAAAAUAUUUAGCACCUUUUUCUAUGGUAGCAAACAUUUUGAUGGGUGCCGGAAUUAGUAUCACUUUCUAUUACAUUCUAACAGAUAUUCCUCCAAUUGAUUCAGUUGCCCCUAUUGCUGAGCCACAACAUUGGCCAAUGUUCUUCGGAACAGUAAUCUUUGCUUUGGAAGGUAUUGGUGUAGUUUUACCCUUAGAAAAUAACAUGAAAACACCAAACCAUUUCAUUGGAUGUCCUGGUGUACUUAAUUUUGGAAUGUUUAUUGUUGUCCUUUUAUAUUCGGCUACUGGAUUCUUUGGAUAUUUAAAAUACGGCGACCUUACCCAAGGAAGCAUCACAAUCAAUCUCCCACAAGAUACAUUAGCUGGUAUGGUUAAGUUAAUGAUUGCCGUAGCCAUUUUCUUUACUUAUAGUCUUCAAUUCCAUGUGCCAAUGGAAAUUAUCUGGAAAAAUGCCAAACAUAAUUUCAGCACCAAAAAUGAAAUAUUUGGCGAAUAUGGUAUUCGUAUUGUUCUUGUAUUAAUGACCGUUGGUAUUGCUAUUGCAAUUCCAAACCUGGGACCAUUUAUUUCAUUAGUUGGUGCUGUAUGUUUAUCUAAUUUAGGAUUAAUUUUCCCAGCCAUCAUCGAGACAGUAACAUAUUGGGAUCAUCCAGGCAUGGGUAAAUUCAGUUGGCGAUUAUGGAAAAAUAUUUUCUUGUUUACAUUCGGUAUCAUUGGUUUUGUAACCGGUACAUACGUCAGCUUUAAAGAAAUUUUAGAGAUGUACCAAUAAGAGAAUCAUAUCGAAAACUUUUUUUAUUAAAAAAAAUGAAAAUUAUGCAAACGAUGUAAACGCAUGCUCUUUUGUUGUAAAAAGUGUAUGACGAGUUUGCGCCAAAAUUGCCAACGUUUAUGUCUACGCCUAGAGAUGAUAUCCAAUACUCAAUUUGUUACAUUGAGUGCCGUCCGUUGUGUAUUCAAUCAUUUAACCAUUCAAAAAAAAGUUAGAAUAUUUAAGAUCAUUUUUUAAUUUAUAACAAAUGCUUCCAAACAACAAUUAGGGAAGUAAUAACAUUAUUAUAAUUAUUGAAGAUUUUAAUAUGUAAUAUUUGCUUGUCUGAGACAUACGAAUGUCUGUUGGUCAUAUAUGAGUUAAGCUAAGUUUUAUUUAGCUAGUUCUACUGCUUAAUGCAUUGUUCUGGCUGUGAUUUAAGAGUGAAGUUGAUUUUAGUGAUAAAUUAUUGAAUUAAAUUACCUUCAAAGCGCUCCAUUUCUAUCUAAGGAGCUUUAACAACUCCAUAAAACAAAAUUUUUUACAAAAUUGACGGAGGUAAGUAUUUUUAUUAAAACAAGAAAAAAUAAUCAUUCCAGUUAUAAAUGAAUUUAAAGAUUUUUAAAUGGAGAUUAGCAUCUAGAAUAAUCCGUCGCAUCGGAAGAAUUGUUCCCAAAAACAUAAAAUGUUUUCUUGAAAAAUUGCAACAAUAUAAUUAAUGAAACUAAUUGUUACAUCAAAUUUUUGAAUGAAAAUAUUUUUAUGAAUGGCGAUGUGAUAAUCAAGUUCAAUGUUCGAUUACGAAAGCAUUCGAACUAAGAACUUUAAAAGAAACAAGUCUUUUUUGAAAAUUGUACUUGUAUUUUGAAAUUCAUCGAUUUAUACAAUACUAUUUUUCAAAAGCAUAAAGAAGCGCGUCCAUUUCGCACUACUCGAAUGCAUUACUUGAGUAAAUGAGAGACUUUCAUUAGUCUCCAUGUAAAUACUCUUGCUGAAUCAUUCACGCUGAAUAUACCUUGUAAUAAUUAUACCAAAUUAAAAUAACAAAUUGGUAGAGUUCCGAUACCUAAGGUAUGAGUAAAUUUUUGAAAAGUCUGUAUGUUUUGUAUAAAAACUGUUAUUUAAUACUAGGUUUUUAUCGCGUAUAAAGAAUUUAAUAACACCGCAUUGUGUUUUUACAUCGCAUUUAUUCUUUAACGGUUUUUAUUCAUUAUAUAUUCAACGUAUUUGAUUCUGUUAGAUUGAUUCAACAACGUGCGUAAAUGUGUACGCCCUUAAUUGUUUCAAAAAAAUUAACUGAAGGUGAUCAAAAUAGUAUUUUUAUG